ACACACCUCUGCAUUGGACCAAUGAAAUCACUCGUUUGUUUAAAAUGUCAGUUAGUUGAAAUGUAUGUAAACAAAGGUUUCAAACGGCGCUGGACAGUUAGUCUUGAUGCAUAAUGUAACGACAAGAACGCGAUCACCACGUACAGACGGGUCAGUGACCUUCAAGCGUUAAGGCUUGGAGAAGGUGCCGUGUCAGUUCAAGCCAAAGGAAUAACAUUUGUAAGACAAGGUUUGUCUAAGCAUGACCAACCUGGACACAAACCAGUUAAUAUAUUUGUUCCUACGUUCAAGCAGAACAAUCUGUUAGACCCAAAAAGGGCCAUUGCUAUUUAUCUUAAACAAACAGAGAAAUUCAGGAAUAAAAAUGGCAGAGACGAGACUAGUUUAUUUUUGACAGUGAAUGCACCUCAUGAAAAGGCGUCAGUAAAAAACAUUAUCUUCUUAUAUUGUAAAGACUAUUCAGGAAGCUUAUGACAGUCCAAAGAAAAAAGUUAAAGCACAUUCUGCACGUUCUAUAGGUCCAUCAUGGGCUUUGCAUAAUGGUGUUUCCAUUAGGGCAAUACUGGAAGCAGCAGAUUGAGCAAGUGAAAGUACAUUUAUAAAGUUUUAUGUUAGGAAUGUAACUCCUAGUGUUCUGCAACUAGGAUCUCAGUGAACGUGGAUUGAAGUUUUUAUUUUAUGCGGAUCGUGCAGGAAAAGAUAUUUCCACACUGUACAUUUUUUUUAUAAAAAGAGGGUUGAUUACCAAGGAUUGGUAUAAUCUACAUACUUCAAGUAGAAGAUCAUGUAAAUAGUCAACAAGAAGUUACAUGACCACCACCGUAUAUGUUAGGGCUGAUCUAUCAGUGAAUAUCAUGGCUGGGGACAAGGAUGAAGACGAGAAGUACCACGAGACGCUGACAGAGAACUUCUAUCUGUUCAGCAAGUACCUGGUGCCCGAGGACUACAUAGCUGAGCUGGUCAGCGCCAGCGUUCUCACCCUGGAGGACCGGGAGGUCAUACUCAACCAUUUUGUCAACCAGACCCGGCGGCAGAGAGCAAACCGAUUCAUAGAGGUCCUGAUGACAAAGGGCAGGAGGGGGUUUGAGAAGUUUGUAGAGCUGCUGGAGUAUCGGUGUCCCCAUGUCUACAGGGAGGUGGCCAAGAGAGAGCCCAGGGAUCCCCCUGCAGGUUUCCCUCGCAACCGGUUCAGUGACCGCCUUCGGAUCAUCAACGACCUGCCCCACCUGUUGGAGCAGAUUAAGGAUAGCCUCACUGACAGCUCUGACCUUGAGGUCAAGUUGUGCACCCUGCACGGGCUCCUUGAGGACGCCAAGGAUGAAAACCUGGCUCUAGAGAAAGAGGUGGAGACUCUGAAAAAUGUCCGAAUAGAGCUUGAUCAGCUUCGACACACUAACACUGCUCAGGAGAAACAGGUGUCAGAUCUCACCAAAGAAGUCACUUCUUGGAUGCACAAGGCUUACACACACUCGGAGAAGGAGAAUGAGCUACGGGACUCCAACCAGGAACUGAGGAUCCAAUGUGAUGAGCUGCAAAGGAAGCUAAGAGAACUGGGCACUGUGGAGAAACCAGUAGAACGAUCACCAAUACCCAGGAAUCCUUCAAUCGAACUGUCACAGUUUGAGCAAAGGCGUGUGAUUCACAUGAACGAGGAGCGCCUCAUUCUGCGGGAGGAGCUUGAGAACUACAAGGAGCAGUGUCAGGAGCUCAACCAGAGGCUGGACACGGCACAGAGGGAAGACUUUGAUCUUAGAGAACAGCUCUCAAAGCAAGAGCAUGAAAUGCACAUACUUCAAAAACAAAAUAAGAUUUUGAAGAAGAAACAUAAAGAAGAAGAUGCUAUUGUUAUUCAGCAAUUUGAACAAAUUCAGAAGAAAGGUCAAGAAAUUUUAGAGCUUGAGGCUCAGUGUAUCAAGGAUCGGAGUCGUGUGUGUGAGCUCCAGACAGAGAAGAACAUGUGGAUAGAGGAGCAGCACCUGCUGCGCCAGGAGAUCAGACACCUGCGCAACGAGCUCGACAGCCUGCGCUGCCUGAUUAGGAGCUCAGGCAGCAGUCAGACGGGCACUACAUCUGAGGAGGAAGAUUGUAUUGAGGCAGAUAAGAAACGUAAAUUGUUUGCGAGAAGGAAGCCGGUACAGAAGGCUACAAGGGGAGAGAAGUAUGCUGAAGUGAUCACCAGACAGAAACUUACCAAGGCACAGAACCGCAUGGACCAGAGUGAGUGCACGGUAAAUGGAAAUUACAAAUGGAAAAUGAUGGAUAAAAAUUUAAGACAAUAUGAUGUUGUUAUUCUGAAAUAA